AUGCAAUUUCGUUUGACAACUGACCGGCAGGCACGAUCAUUCUCUGCUUCCUCCACGCUAACAGCACCAUCAAAUGAACCCUUCAAGACUCAUCUGCCUGUAAAGCACAGCGAGCCGACUGUGCAUAGCUUCUAUCAUAAGUCUACAUCUACAUUUUCUUACGUCGUUGCAGGCAGUCCGUAUGAUGCAGAAUCUGGAGUCUUGGAUGUCGUCAUCAUCGACAGCGUGCUUGAUUACGAUGCGGCAUCCGGCUCAGUGACGACCGAGUCAGCUGAUGGGCUAAUGUCAUUCUGCGCGGCCCAAAAUUACAGAGUGACGGCGGUUCUCGAGACUCACGCUCAUGCCGAUCACCUGAGUGCUGGAUUCUACAUAUCACGCUCAUUGCACGUCGGGCACCUGAACCGUGUAGCAAACCCGCCACUCAUUAUCGGCAAAGGAAUCGAAGAAGUGCAGCGACGCUUUGCGCCUCGCUAUGGCUUGACGCAAGGUGACCUUCAAGGCUCAUUUGACCUUUUAAUCGACGAAAAAAUGAAUUUGCGCGUCGGAAACUCUCGCAUUAACGCAAUCCAUCUGCCUGGACACACGCCUGAUCAUAUGGGCUACCAAAUUGGCGAAAAUAUUUUUACGGGUGAUGUUGUCUUUCUCCCGGAUGUAGGGUCAGCACGCGCUGACUUCCCAGGCGGUAGCGCAGAUCUGCUUCGUGCUUCGAUUCAUCGCUUACUCGACGCAAGUCCGCAAACGCGCCUAUAUGUCGGUCAUGACUACCCGCCACCGUCACGUGCUGACCCAAAAUGCUUCUCGACCAUCUCUGAAACACAACACGAAAAUGUGCAUCUAAAGAAUAUGGACGAUUUCGUCCAGCGACGUCUUAUCCGCGACAAAGAACUAGCGGCACCCCGAUUACUACACCCAUCUCUGCAAGUGAAUAUACGUGGUGGACGCUUGCCUCCUCCAGGACCGGAUGGCGUUAGUAGAAUGCAAAUACCGUUGACCGCUGGCUCUGCUAAUCUAUUGUAAUAAAAUGCAACCGUGCCAAGUUUGUAACCCACAGAGUAGUUUAUCUGUAAAGAAGCACCGCAUUUUAGUCAUACAUAUUACUUUCCCAUUUGUCCGGCCGAAAAUCCAAUUGCCAAUUCUUUUUCUCUUUUCCCAAAGGACUUCAGCGAUCGCGAUUGGAAAAAUGAGCACUAAGAAUUGAAUUUUCCUGCACUUACUGUUCGAAAUCAAGUCAUAUUGUCGAAUUUCGUUGAUGGAUCUAUUUACUUCUUCUUGUGUACUUUAAGCCUACAGGUC